AUGCUGCUCUCUGGCAGUCGCGACAAGACCCUGAUCAUCUGGAACCUCACUCGCGAUGAGCAGGCCUACGGUUACCCCAAGCGCAGCCUUGAGGGCCACUCUCACAUCGUCUCCGACUGUGUGAUCUCUUCCGACGGUGCCUACGCUCUGUCUUCCUCCUGGGACAAGUCCCUCCGCCUGUGGGAGCUGUCCAGCGGCCAGACCACCCGCACUUUCGUCGGCCACCAGAACGACGUCCUGUCCGUCUCCUUCUCCGCCGACAACCGCCAGAUUGUCUCCGGUUCUCGUGACCGCACCAUCAAGCUGUGGAACACCCUUGGUGACUGCAAGUUCACCAUCACCGACAAGGGCCACACCGAGUGGGUGUCCUGCGUCCGCUUCAGCCCCAACCCCCAGAACCCCGUCAUCGUCUCUGCUGGCUGGGACAAGCUCGUCAAGGUUUGGGAGCUCGCUUCCUGCCGUCUCCAGACCGACCACAUCGGUCACUCCGGCUACAUCAACACCGUCACCAUCUCUCCCGACGGAUCCCUCUGCGCCUCCGGUGGCAAGGACGGUAUCACCAUGCUCUGGGAUCUCAACGAGUCCAAGCACCUCUACUCCCUCCACGCCGGCGACGAGAUCCACGCUCUCGUCUUCUCCCCCAACCGCUACUGGCUCUGCGCCGCCACCUCCAGCAGCAUCACCAUCUUCGACCUCGAGAAGAAGAGCAAGGUUGAUGAGCUCAAGCCCGAGUUCAUCGAGAAGGGCAAGAAGAGCCGUGAGCCCGAGUGCAUCAGCUUGGCCUGGUCCGCUGACGGCCAGACUCUGUUCGCUGGUUACACUGACAACAAGAUCCGUGCUUGGGGUGUCAUGUCGCGGGCAUAG